AGUGUUGAAGGAUGAAUUAUAAUGACCAAUCUACGAACAUUGCUGUUCAACAUCCAGAAAUAGCAAAUAAACUGAGCAGACGGCUGAUCCAACUGCGUGCAGCACGCACUUUGUGGCACAAAGAUAUGAACCAAUUCAUGGACCAUAUACUGAGGGUUAAUGACGAUGGGCUCUCUUACGAUGUCUUCCCUUGGAUAAUUGGGCGUGUACGGAAAGGGGAGAAGUCCAGUCAGCCGGUCAGUAUGGGAGCUUGUCAGGAGUUUAUGCCUGUAGUUCUGAGGUUCCUGCACAGUGACAGAGACGAGCACCUUCACAUUGCUCUCGUUAUGGUACAGUCACUGCUGGAGAGGUUCUGGGACCAGCUGCUCCAGAUGUCCCGGAACCACCUGACCAGUUGUCAGUCAGGUAACUUGGAGAGUCUGUACAUGAUACUGGUAACCACUGUGGAACGGGUCAGACAACUCACUUCUUGCAAGAGUCCUGAGGUCAACAAGGAGGCCACUGCUGCAUAUGCUCUGCUCGAGAAGUUGUGAGGUUGUGCACCCGGGAGUGUUGCUCGGUCAAACUGUCAAACAUUGAUUGAUUAGAUGGGUUGAGGUCCUGAAUUGUGGUGUCAAACCAUGCAAAUAAAUUGAAGGAGCAAGCAAAGUCAUAAUGUUCACAUUGAUUUGAAGAAAAGCGUUGCACUUCGGAAUAAAUAGCCAUCACUAAAAAACUGACGAGUUUUCUGUCAGAUUGUUGUAUGGUUUGAUUCAACUGAUUGGGCGCAUCAAGCCCUGGCCUUAAUUUGAUGUAAAUAUUUAAAUAACACAGAUUAGACUAUAGAUUUUUACAUUUCUUAGAUGAUAGAUAUUUGUAUUCCUACAAUACGUUACUGUAAUGCUUUUUUGUUUCAGUGGAUUUUGUUGAAAUUGUAGAGAGUGGUUCACACAAAUAAGUUUUUAUGAGUUGGAAAUUAGUUUUUUUCAAUUCUGCGGACAUUAAUUUAACUUUUUAAAACAUCUCAAUGAGAUUAUUUUUUGGUUAAUGUCAGGAUGAUAAUUGUUUAGAUUGAGUAAUUUGAUACUACAUUUAGAUGUUAUUGAACUUACAUUUUUAUCCAACUUAA